GCCGCUCCGGGGGGGCGGCCACAGCCCAGCUGGGCACCCCCUGGGGUCCGCGGCCCGAAGGGGAGCCGGGGAGGGGGAUGGCGGCUGGGCUAGGCUGGGGCAGGCUGAGGUGGUGCUGCGAUGGUCAGUAGUCUCAGUUCAUUCACCUGCAGGAAUUUUCCUUGUUGCUUUGACUACAGCUUUCAAGCCCUUCUUUUUUAAGCUGAGAAGUGUGGUGCUUCAAAAUGCUAAAGGGAGCUAAAAGGUUUGUUGGUAAAUCCCUUCAGCCAGCACGACCUGUGCGUCAUUUGCCUUCAAAACAAGCAUCAACAAUUACUUUCGAGUUUCAGACGGAGUUACCUAGCAACAGUCAAGUAUGUUUGCAGAGUAAGGUUGACUGGUUAUCUGAAAUGACUGAAAUGAAGAUCUUAACUCAAAAUACGAUGCCUUGUCAACCAAACCAGCAUGAAUUAGAGACAAAAAAAGAAAGGAUCAAAUACAGCAGAGAUUUCCUUCUGGAGCUGUCAAGUGUUUCACUCUCUCAGAAGAAGCCAGAGUUUCUGCCUGAUCAUCCAAUUGUACUUGAAAAACCAGAAAACAGCAACCCUCUUGUUGACAUAUGCAAGAAGUGACAGGUAGUUUGGAAGAUGAGAAAUCCGUCAGUGAAGGAGCUACAUAUAAUGUAGAAAUUCAAGAUUCUUAAAGGUGCCUAGAGAUGAAAAUGGGACCUUACAAAAUCUGUGGAAAUGCCUGUUCCUAUCUGUAAUUUCCAGAAUGCUCUAAAAGGCAAACUACUUUGUAGUACCUGAGAUGGUAAUACAGUUGCAGUGAAAAUAAAUUAUUUUACA